UGGAAUGGCGCAAAACUCCCUGAGUAAUCACUGGUCAAACUAUACAAUGUGGAAUGGCGCAAAUAUGAAGUAAAAAGUGUUAUACUCUGUUGUAGUAAAUCGAGUCAGCACUAAUGGACCCGUUCAACAUUGCAGUUAAAUUGUGAGACUGUUCACAAUUAUGAAUUCUACAAACUCAUUCUGCCAAACGAAACCCGAGUUUUCUGUGAGGAUCGUUGUCUGCGACCACUAUUUAACCAAGCCCAUACCAGGAAUAGACGUAAUUUAUUCAGAUUUCAGAGGUUCUGAUAUAAAACAGGUCCCAGUACUGCGUAUAUUCGGCCCUACGCCCGAUGGCCGUAAGGCUUGUGUUCAUGUACAUGGGGUGUUCCCAUACUUUUACAUACCAUGCCCCACACCAAACCCUGAACCACAGUUUCUAUACCAAAUUGCAGCGAGUUUGGAUAAAGCCCUUAACAUAGCCUUAAAACAGGCCUCGUCAGCAAACCAACAUGUCUACAAAAUUUCACUGGUCAAAGGAUUACCCUUCUAUGGAUUUCAUGACAAGGAUCAUUUAUUCUUAAAGGUUUUCCUUUACAAUCCUGGCCUAAUCAAGCAAGCAGUAGAACUCUGCGGCAAUGGAGCCAUUCUUGGUCAGACAUUCCAACCACAUGAGUCUCAUCUCAACUUCACACUGCAAUUCUUUAUAGAUUUCAAUUUAUUUGGCAUGAGCAAUAUAGAUCUACAGGCAAUAAAAUUUAGAAAAACGGGUAUUUCACAAAAUAGUGAUGAUCCUAUUGAAGGCAGUGAUAGUUUAAAAUCUGAAAGUGUUUGUCACUAUGAAGGUGAUUGUGUAGCAUCUCACAUUAUAAACAGACAAAGAAUAGGGAGAGGUGAUGGUAUUGAAAAUCCAGGAUUGGAAGAAGUGUGGAAUCAAGAGAUGGAAAGAAGAAAGCAACUCAACAUGUCUUUAGCUAGCAAAUCAUUGACACAGGGCAGAAUCAAGAGCCAGGAAACAGAAACACAUUACAAAUUUGAACAGAUGUAUUUACUAAAAGCAUCCAAUUUGAUAAACAAGCCAGCAGAUCUGAAUAUCAAUAAAGUAGUAGAAGAGGUAUAUUAUCCAGCUGAAAGUAUGGAAGGCUCGCAAUUUUUUAAAGCAGUAGAUGUCAGUAUACAUUUGCCUGAUCAAUCACAUAAUGCCAGUUUGAAUCAAACACUGAGGCCAAUGAAUGAAAGUUUGAGUGAAGACCUUGAUGAAACCCUUGUGGAUGAGAGUGUAGCACUGAACAGUAGCCUACAUUACAGUCAAAUAUUGUUGGACAGUGAAGAUCUGGAAUUGGUAGGUAUGCUGCAAGAUAUGGAAGACACAGAAAAGCCAGAAGAAGACAGUAUAAUGGCCACACCUGGGGUAGAGCAAGAUGCAGAUGUUGAUUCUGAUGAUGCUGAAUAUUCACAAGUGUUUAAUGAAGAUACUAUACUUCUGGAACCAUUUAAAAGUGAAAUUGCUUCAAACGAGAAUACGCCAUCUUGGCAUGAUUCAUUUUGGGAUGGAGUCAACAUACCACAGCUUGAUGGCACUUUUGAUGAUGAUCAUGUUAAAAAAGUGAGAAAAAGGAAAAUGAGACCAUUCAAAUUAGGGUUAUCAAGACCAAAGAGUAAGAAACAAGUACCUGAAAAAAACUCCCAAACUAAUAAAUCAUCUGAUAUCAGUGAUAUUGAUGAAGUAGAUGUUUCCCAGGAAACUAUAGAUAGUAUUUCAAGUGUAUACAUACAAAGAUCUGUGAAAAACGAAGUACAUAGUAGUUUAAAUAAUUCAUUCGAUCUAACUUCAGAAAGUGAAGAUACCAAUGAAGUUAUUAUUAAGAAAGAAAAUAUAACCGAUCAUGUAGAUAGAGUAACUAAUAAACAUGAAAGUAAUGAUGUGAAAUAUCCGACCACUAGUGGUUUCAUCAGUGUAAAGAAAAAAAAGGGUGAUAUUAUAAAAUAUGAUAUUACAAACAAAGUAGAUUUAAAAUUAGAAAAUAUUACAGAUCUGGUAGAAAAAGUAACUACAAAACAUGAAAGAUCUACUAGGAAAACACUGGGUACACGUACAAAUGUAAAGAAAGAAGUACGAUUAUUGGACGAUAGUACAACCAGUAAAACAGUUAAAAAAGAAGAUGUGCACGGUCUAGACAUAAGUAAUGAACACGUAAGUAUAGGUGUAGCAGAAAUGUACGAUAUCAAAAAGCGUUACGAGCCUGUAGCCGGUUGCUCCACAGUUGUAAAACCUGCUGAUAUUUCACAACAAUCGGACAACGAAUCUUUUCUUUCCUCUCCAGAAGAUGAUUUCGGUAUACAGAGUUUCUACAAUAAAUCUAGAUUUUUUGAUAUGUCUGUAGAAGAGGAUAAGAACUUUACUAGUUAUAUUGAAGAUUCUCAACCAAAAAUUGAAGAAACUGAAUCAGCUAUCACAAAUACUCAUCUCAAAACUGAAAUGGAGGUUUUAGAUGCUACAGAAAAGUCAUUAAACGAUUCGUCAUCUACCACUAUUGUUAUUACUCCUAAAAUUAGACCACCCACAAAGAACUACAUAUUGUCCAGCUUAGAAUCCUAUAAAAUUCCCAAAGUGAAAAAUCGGGAACCUUUCUUUUCGGAUCAUAAGGACUCCGGUGAUAAAGUAGAAAUCGGUCUCAUGGUGCUAAAGACACAUAGUAAAUCGGCGAAAGACCAAAAACCUUUUGAGAAAGUUUUGGACGUCACGAGCCUCGACGAAUGGCGACAACUACUGUUCCUUCAGACUAAUGAAAUUAACGAAGAGAAUUCUAAACCAGAAACUUUGCAAACACUUCUAGCAGGAAAUAAACAUUAUGUUCUAGAACCGAUUAGGAAGCCACCAACUAAGAAACAGGUAGAAAAAUGGGUUGAAGAUCAACAAAAUCAUGAUAAAGAAGAACCACAGUUGGAAGUGAAAGAAACAACAAAAAUAUUAGAUGAUCUUGAAAAUUCGCAAGCUAUUGGUUUAAAUGAAGAUGAAUUUAAUCAAAGUAUUAGCUUAGAAAGUAAUGAUAAGCAGGAUAAAUCAUCUUUAAAUAAUAGCCUACAAGUGACUAUGCAUCCUGAUGGAUCAUUUCUGUGCUUUGGUGGAAGCGAAAAUCAUGUAAACAGCACAUCAAAUGACACACCGGCAUUAGAGGAGGAUUUUCUUACGAUAAUGUUAGUUGAAGUCCAUACAUCUGUAAGAGGAGAUUUGAACCCUGAUCCUUUAAUUGAUCCUAUUCAAGUUGUUUUUAUAAAGAUUUCUAAUGAUUGCCCUCCAAACCACUUUUUACAGAAGAACUUAACAGAAGUUAUAUGUGUCGAUGACAGUAAAGAGCUAAAAUUACUCGACAGAUGUAUUUUCGAUCAGAAAAUCACUUACGUGAAUACAGAAUCUGAUCUGCUUGAGAAAGUGAUAGAAUUAGUAAAAAGCCACGAUCCUGAUAUAAUAACCGGUUACGAAAUAGAAAUGGGUUCAUGGGGCUACUUGAUGGAAAGAGCACAAAUACUAGGGUUAGAAGUGGUGAAAGAGAUCUCAAGGAUAACAGAGAAGAAUCGCCAAAAACGUUGGCGGAGUGAGGAAAACGAUUUUGAAGGGAGGAUUAUCGGUCGAGUGAUGUUUAACGUUUGGCGUUUGCUGCGUCACGAGUUAGCGUUAUCCGAUUACAGUUUUGAGAACUGUAUGUAUGAGAUCUUGAAGGAGAGGGUGCCAGCGUACAGUGCAGCUCAGUUAGCCACGUGGUGGAACAAUCCCUCGAGGAUUUUGAGGUGGAUCACAGUGGAGCAUUACCUCACUCGGCUGUCUGGGACUUUGAGGAUGAUGGAGAAGCUGGAUAUGAUAAACCGGACAUCAGAACUGGCGCGCCUAUUCGGCCUGCAAUGGUGGGAGGUGUUAUCCCGUGGCUCGCAGUUCCGAGUGGAAUCCCUUAUGCUCCGCGCCGCGCGACCUCUAAACCUCAUCGCCUUGUCUCCAAGCGUGCGGCAGCGGGCUGCUAUGAGAGCCCCAGAAAUGCUGCCUCUUAUAUUUGAACCGGAAUCUCGAUUUUACGCUGACCCAGUCAUCGUGUUGGAUUUCCAAAGCCUCUAUCCAUCCAUGAUGAUUGCUUACAACUAUUGUUUCUCCACUUGCAUUGGACGCGUUCAAAACAUCAACGGCGACUCAGCCUACGAAUUUGGCGCCUGGCGUCUCCGUAUACCCCGUGCAAAGCUCGACGCUUUGGUAAAGAACGGUUUGGUCCAUUGGUCGCCCGUGGGAGUCGGUUUUGUAAAGCCGUCAGUAAGAAGGGGCGUGUUACCUGCGUUGCUGAGGAGAAUCCUUGCGGCGAGACAGGCAGUAAAGAAAAGUAUGAAACAACAGACGGACGAAGGUGUUAAGAAAGCGAUGCAUUCACGACAGUUAGGUCUAAAGCUGAUAGCGAACGUGACAUACGGCUACACGGCGGCCAAUUUCAGCGGUCGCAUGCCGUGCAUCGAGGUCGGGGAUAGCGUUGUCGCGAAAGGAAGGGAAACGCUCGAGAGAGCCAUCAAGAUGGUGCGAGACAAUAAGGAGUGGAAUGCUAAGGUUGUAUACGGAGACACUGACUCGAUGUUCGUGCAAGUACCGGGCGGCACAAGGGAGGAAGCUUUCCGCAUCGGGCAGCGGAUAGCCGACGCUGUUACCGCGGACAAUCCUUCGCCCGUCGCGCUCAAACUAGAAAAGGUGUACCAACCGUGUAUCCUACAAACUAAGAAGCGUUACGUCGGCUACAUGUCCGAGAGUCCUGACCAAGAGCACCCCGUAUACGAAGCUAAGGGCAUCGAAACAGUACGCCGCGAUGGGUGCCCUGCCCAAGUAAAGCUCCUCCAAAAAUCCCUCUGCGAGCUAUUUUCCACCGGCGACCUGUCACGCGUGAAACGCCUCGUCACAUCCGCCCUUACUCGAUUGGUCGACGGCACGAUGUCCCCUCAGGAGUUAUUCUUCACCCGCGAGUACCACGGAGUAGGUGGAUACAAGGCGGCGGCCGCUGCGCCUCCCAACGAGAUUGCCAAGAGACUAGUAAGCCGAGAUCGUCGCGCCCUACCGCGUACUGCGUGGCGCGUUUCGUGGCUCGUGUGUGCCGGCGCGCCCGGCACGCCGCUCGUUAAGCUAGCCCGGACACCGAAUGAGGUGGCGCGGGACGGGGCGGUUCCCCACGUGGCGUACUACGCGGCGCGCGUGCUGCUGCCGCCGCUGCACCGCUGCCUGUCCCUACUCGGCCUAGAUGUGUUCAAAUGGUGGAAAGACCUCGGAUUCUAUCGACCCGACAUCCCCACAUCCCGAGCCCCUCUCGCCGGUAGCAUCGCUCGCUACAUGUGGCGUUCGGCGUGCGUGGCGUGCGGCGUGCGCGGCGUACGAGCCGUGUGUGGCGUCUGUGCGCAAAAGAAACAUACUACUGUGGCGUUGUUGGCUAAUAGAGGGGCGCAGGCGAGGCAGCGGUGUUUAGACUGCCAACAGAUAUGCGAGUCAUGCUGCGGGCAUGCCCAGUCCGUCCACUGCAAGAACACGACAUGCGCUGUCUUGUGGGCGAGGAUCAGUGCGCAAUCCAAGCUAGAAGAGUUGCAAGACAUCAUCCUACAUCUGCCUGAGCAAUUCAAGACUGAAAUUAUAGAAUUUUAAAUAGAUGAAUAAUUAUGAAAGUGAUAUUGUAUAAAAUGCUUAUAUUUUAAUCAAAGCUCGCAUAGUAAGGCUCUGUAAGUAAUUAAUAAUUAUGUUGUAAUAAAAUAUUUAUUAAACACACGUUUAUUACUGUACAUCGUAAAAUCAAAAUGUCUAGGACAUGCGCUUACGUUGUAAAGACAAACUUUCGUUAUCUUUUCUUUGUUAUUUUUGUCUAAAUUAAGUUUCUGCAUCUACU